GUUCUUAAGAGGGGAUCUCACUUGAGAGAUCUUGAGAAUUUUUUUGUUACUUUUGUCUCUGAUUCAGUUUGUUUGAUUAUUUCAUUUUAUUUUUUUUUACAAAUUUUUGAGAAAGGGUUUUUGGAGGGUUUUUAGAAUUUUUUUUCACCAUGUUGGGUUCUAGAAAAUCUAGAGCCAAACCAAGACCUCAAUCUUUGAAGGUGACAAGGAAAUUGCGGAUUGUUUAUGAUGAUCCUUAUGCAACUGAAUCAUCAUCCGAAGAUGAGUCUCAGCCGAAGCGAGUAAGGCGGGGAUGUGUCGAGAUGCCUCUUCCUCUUAUGCCUGUUGUAUCAGCUGUUGUUGAAGUAUCAACUCCUCAAAAUUCCUUCUAUGAAGAGAAGAUGGCUGCAAGGAGGAAGAGUUGUCUCUCGAUGCGACGAGCUCAAACCACCAAGAAGAGGUCUGUUCCAUCUGUUACUCCGACUACAAAGAGACAAUCUUCUGCAAAGUACCGAGGAGUUCGAAUGAGGAAAUGGGGAAAAUGGGCCGCGGAGAUUCGUGAUCCGUUCAAAGGGGCUAGAAUCUGGCUUGGAACUUAUAACACUGCUGAAGAAGCUUCUCAGGCUUAUGAAUCCAAAAGGCUUCAAUUUGAAAUGGAAGCUAAAGCAAUGGAAGAAAAUGCAUGCAUCAACCAUAACAAUAGUUGCUCCAUCAACAAUAGCAACAAUGCACCAGCACCGGCUGCAACUAACUCAUCGGCUGAUGCUGCUAAUGCUUCUGUGUCAGAAAAGUUUUCGACAACAGAAGAUUCAGAGAUGUUCUCGCAUACAUCACCUUCGUCCGUGCUUGAAUUGGAUACUCUAGCCUCCAAUGUGACAGAGAAGGUUGAAGAUGAUGAAAUGGUGGCUUGUCAACUUGAAGAGUUAGAAAUUCCAGAUCUGAGUGUUUUGAACUUGCCCGAGCCUCCUGUUACUGCUGCAGAGAAUCCAAUUGGAACUGAUAUCAAUUUUGGGUUUGGAUUUGAUUUUGAUCGGUUUAACAUCGAUGAUUUUGGACCAGAUUUCGACGAUUUUGGUGACUUUAAGGAUAUUCACAUCCAUGGCUUCGAUGAUAAUGAGCCUAGUGAACUUCCUGAUUUCGAUUUUGGAGCUGAUGACGAUGAAUUUGCUGGUUGGAUUGAAGAGUCAUUCCAACCUAACAUAUCAUGUGUCUAAGUUUUGUAGUCGAUUGUAGGAGGACUAGUACUAUGUUCUAGAUUUUGUCAGAGACAAUGUAGUUUUGUGAGACAAGUUCUGAGAUUUUGAUAGUAAUUCUAUGAUCAUUUUCAGUUUUUAAGUUUUAUGAAGGAGUUAUAUUGGAUCCUUUGGUUUUCUUGUGCUAUUAGAGCCGUCCUAAGGGUUCUUAAAUUUAUAGUUGCUACUGCCUUAUAAUGUAAUAAAAUGGCUGAAUGAAUUUUAAUGCAUUGUUUUCUUUUACAUUCA